GUUUUAACAGUCAAAAUGGUUCACAAAAAAGUAAAUAUAGAUGGCUCCUUAUUCGAGCCUACCCUUUACCUAGUAAAAGGCAUGUGCAUUCUUGAUAACGAUGGCAAUCGGAUCCUGGCAAAGUACUAUGAUCCAGCUAUUCUACCUACUACCAAAGAACAAAAGGCGUUUGAGAAGAAUCUUUUUAACAAGACUCACAGAGCAAAUGCAGAAAUCAUCAUGCUAGAUGGAUUAACUUGUGUAUAUAGAAGUAAUGUUGACCUUUUCUUUUACGUCAUGGGAAGUUCACAUGAGAAUGAGUUGAUCCUGCAAUCCGUACUGUCAGCGUUAUAUGAGAGUGUGAGCAUUCUCUUGAGAAGAAAUGUUGAAAAACGAGUGAUUCUGGAUAACUUGGACGCAGUCAUGCUGGCCUUCGACGAGAUCUGUGAUGGCGGCAUCAUAUUGGACGGCGACGCGACCUCGAUCGUGUCUCGGACUGCUCUGAGGACUGACGAUGUGCCCUUAGGGGAGCAGACUGUCGCACAGGUUUUGCAGUCGGCGAAGGAGCAACUCAAGUGGUCGUUGUUGAAAUAAAUCUGUAUUUUAUGUUUAAUAUGCUUUAAUAAAUAAAUAUUUAUCCUUA